AUUACGUCGUGUACGCAUAGUAUUUUUCAGUCAGACGUCAGUAGGACAUUGUAAACAUACAUACAUAAUUCGGAUGUCGUUCGUAUGUCAGUGUUGGAUGGGUUCUCGACAAUUCUAAUAAGUGAUGUCAACGAAGCAUAGUUGCGUGACGAAAUUUUCCGUGAAUUUUUGUAAGAUCUUGCUACAUUUAUGAAUUCAUAAAUGCGCCAAGAUUUUAUGCAGGUUUACCACUUUUUCACACCGAAUUUACUAGUUACUGCUUGUAUGGCUAGUGAAGAAGUGAAGUAGUGAAGUCUGGUACGUAGGAGACGACUGGAGACGACACGUUCACGUACCGCUCGUUAAGUGUGAUAAGUGGUUGUCAAUUGAGCGGUUUAUUCAGGCUGUCACUUAAGACAUUUCGAGCAAAGAAUCGCAGCAGAUCUAGGACGUUACUCUACAGUGUUGACGUGAGUCAUCGGCUGACUCUUAUGUCAGCGGGAACAUAAAUUGGAGUAAGGAUGGUUCAUUAGCCAAAGAACGUGAUCAGCAAGGCAACAUUAUCAGGAAGAAAUGGAAGAUGAACAUCCUGGAAGAGAGGCCAAUAAGAUUUGUGGUGUCUGCGGUGAUAAGGCCUUAGGAUACAACUUUAAUGCAGUCUCCUGCGAGAGUUGUAAAGCCUUCUUUAGAAGAAAUGCCUUGAAGAAUAAGGACUUUCGGUGUCCAUUCACAGAGAAUUGUGAUAUUACUGUGGUAACGAGACGGUUCUGUCAAAAAUGCCGAUUGGACAAAUGUUUCAAUAUAGGCAUGCGGAAGGAGUAUAUAAUGUCCGAGGAAGACAAAGUUCUCAAACGUCAGAAAAUUGAACAAAACCGUGCGAAAAAACGGCCACAGUCCAAAAGUCCAAAAGUGCCAAAAAUGAAAAGAGAGAGUAUCGAGGAUAGUAAUUUUGAUAAUGAUACUAUCUCUACAGCCUCAGUAGCAUCUGUUGCUUCAGUCGCAUCUGAAACAUAUAUGUGGGAGUCUGAUCGUAAAUAUACAGAUUUAGAUGCCAAUAGACAACCAGUGAUUGAUAAUAUGAGUCCUGUCACUGCAGCUAGCGUACCGAGUCCUUCAAGUCCACCUGAAGGCGCCAAUAUCGCGGGAUCAAAAACGUUAGACAUGCUUAAAGAGUCUACCAGUCAUUCUGCUAUCAAUUUUGGAAAAUACGAUCGAAACACUUCCAGAUAUGAUCAAAGUACUUCGAAUUUUGACGAGGGUUCUUCAAACCAAGCAAGAUAUGAGGAUAUAUCAUCUAACACAACAAAAAAUGAACGUAACAAGAUGAAGCUAGUAAAUUAUGAACAAAAUAUGUUUUUUGAUUCUCAUUUGCAAAGUUCUGCUGGUGCAUCAAGGUAUAUUGCGAAAUUUGACUGUAAUAUAUCCAAAUCGUCAAGAGUUGAACAAGAUUUUGAACAAAGAAAAUCACCCUUAGCGUACACAGACUGUUCCUCGACGUCUAGAAUAGAGUCUAAGUUGCAAACUGACCCACCUCAAGCCAUAAACAUGCAGAUGGUCGCCGAGGAAACGACGAGUUGUCAAAAGCCAAAGGAAACAUGUCCGAAAGGAACUGGUCUAGUCUCAAAAUUCAUGGAAAAUCCUAGCCUCAUUGUAAAGUUUCUUAGCAAUCCUACUCUAGUUGCUAAGAUAUUUCAAGAUCAAAGAUUGAUAGCAAAAAUCAUGACAGAUCCUGAUACAGUGACAAAACUAUCAGCGGAUCCACAAAUUUCACAAUUUUUGGAAGAAAAUAACAUAGUUUCCUCUUCUGUAAAACAAGAAUCUGAUAAUGACAGCAGUAAAGUCCAAACGGAACUUACUGAAAAUCUUGCAAAUAAUGGAAUUUCAGAUAAUAUGAUUAGGCACAUGUUAGAGGGUGAACAGCAUCAGGUUGAGAAUCCAAUUUUAACGAAUCUAAUAACAAAUAGGAAUCCAGAAGAGUGUAAAAAUCAAAGUGAAGAACCUAGUACGAGUAGUGAUUUUAACAAGAGCAUGGAAGAUGUUACCAGGGAUGUUCUUCAAGAUGUACAAAGAAUACCAAUUGCCGCCAAUUCUAUAGAGUCGAUACUUUGCGAAGCGAUUAAGUUGGAAUUUUCGGCUUACUCCGCUUUGGGUGGCAAUCAAAAUAGCAGAGAGUUGAACGACGCUGAAAGGGCAAAGCUCAAUGAACUGAUUGUGGCAAAUAAAGCGCUGCUGGCCCCCUUGGACGAUGACAUUACGAAUCUAGUAGGAGAACAAUGCAGAUUCAAGAGCAACUCGGGCCAAUCUGAUCCUAUGUUGUUAGACGUAAUCAAUUUAACGGCAAUCGCAAUCAGGAGGCUGAUAAAAAUGUCAAAGAAGAUCAACGCCUUCAAGAAUAUGUGCCAAGAAGAUCAAUUGGCUCUCUUGAAAGGUGGCUGCACGGAAAUGAUGAUUUUGCGGUCCGCCAUUAAUUAUGAUCCUGAUAAAGACAUAUGGAAGAUACCACAUAGCCAGGAGAGAAUGUCUAAAAUAAAAGUGGAUGUGUUAAAAGAGGCCAAAGGAAAUUUGUAUGCCGAACAUGCAAGAUUUGUUAGAACUUUUGAUCCAAGAUGGCGGGACGAGAAUAUCAUAUUAAUUUUAAGUGCGAUAGCUCUUUUUACACCCGACAGACCACACGUGGUACACAGUGAUGUUAUCAAAUUGGAACAGAAUUCUUAUUACUACCUUCUUAGACGUUAUUUGGAGAGCGUCUAUCCAGGUUGCGAAGCAAAAUCCACAUUUUUAAAGUUGAUACAAAAAAUUUCGGAACUUCACAGACUGAACGAUGAAGUUGUGGGAGUAUACUUGAACGUGAACCCGUCCAGCGUAGAACCGCUGUUAAUAGAAAUAUUUGAUUUGAAGCAUUGAACUCUCAGAGAUAUAAUAACAUGAAAAGUGUCCAAUCAUCUAUUUUUGGAGAAAAUUCAUCCAAUUGAGAUGAAACAAAAGCUAAUGCUUUCUCAGUUAUAUUUGAAGCAAUCGUAUACCAGGUAAUCGUUACGUCUUAAAGACGUAGCUGUUAAUUUAUUAAAUUUCUGUAAUAAAAAUCGUCAUUUUACACGAUUGUCGUUAAAAAUUGUUAUAAUUCUAUGAAGAUCCCGUAGCAAAUUGUAUAGCGUUAAAAGAUGCUCGGGCGUUGUGGAUCAACGUUGCUUUAAUUAAUUUCUCUUUUCUAUUUAAAAAAAAAAAGUAUAUAUAACAAAGUCACGAAAGAAUUUCCAUAAGGUUUUAAGAAAAUCCAUCAUUUGUAUAUACCUACCCCUAGGAAAGCCAUGAAUGUUUUUUUACAUCGACUCCGAGCGUCAUUGAAUCUGUCAAAAAUCCAUGCAAUUUAAUGAUAAACAAUGGUGCUUUGAGCUUUUCAAGAAUUUAAAACAAACAAUUCAUGAAGUCCAAAAAAUGUGUCGAGUAUUUCUGGAGUCAUAGCAUAAAUAUGCAAAGAACGAUGCAAAAAAUAGUGAAAAAUAUUAGCUGGUCCUAAUUCGAGUAAAAAACUCGAAGCAGAGUCAUGAUUUCCCGUAAGCCUAUCAUGAAUUAUUAUUACUAUCAAUAAUUUAAUCUUCAAGCAGGAGCACUAUAACGAAUGAAAAACUAUACCCAAUUAUUUCACUGUAUUUUUUUCCCAACCUGAGAUAUCGCAUUGCUCUUCUUUAACGAGGCAUAUUGAUCUCUAUAAAUGACGCUCGGAAAAAAAUUACUUUACAAAUUUUAUUAAUGCUCUACGCGUAUAAGCGGCUAGACAUUUCAAUACGGAAGCCUGAAUAUAUUUUGUAUUGUGCUUAGAAUGUGACGAGUGUAUGUGCAAAUGUGUGUUGAAAGUGUGCAAAAGUGAUAAAACAAAAAAGUAAAGAUUAUCACGAAAGAAUAGUGCGAUUUAUAAAUGGGGAGAAAGAAACGAGACAAUGUAACGGGUGUACGCGUUACGGAAAUUAUAAUGUACACGAAAAUUGUGAUAAUGCGAUAUAUGAAUAUAUUUUUCAAAGAAC